GAAGGGAGAAAGACAAGUAGCUGCCUGGCAUAAAACGCAAAACCCUAGCCGGCUUAAACCCCAAAUUGCAAAACCAGAACUAUCAUUCUCUCUACCAUGGUUUGGUUCCAAUGCGAAGAUUGUGGCGACAACCUCAAAAAGCCCAAGUUACCUAGCCACUUCCGAACAUGUUCCGCUUACAAGUUGUCGUGCAUUGACUGUGGCCAAAUUUUCGGGCGUGACACCGUUCAGGAUCACACUCAGUGCAUUACAGAAGCAGAAAAGUAUGGUCCAAAAGGCCAAGGCAAAACUGUGAACAAUGCAGCUGCCAAGCCUAACAAAGAUAGCAAGCAAAAGCCUGAAGUUGAUAUUAAUGUGGGAUUAUCUGAACGGCCUCCAUGGUUCUGUAGUCUUUGCAAUACAAAAGCUACAAGUAAGCAAGCGCUUCUUCUACAUGCGGAUGGAAAGAAACACAGGGUAAAAGCCCGAGCAUUCCUUGCUUCAAAGCAACAGCCAGUCCAGGCUGACAAAUCUGUCCCUGAUGCAAAGGCUGCAGUGGAGACUGCUCCUAAUGAUGAGGCAAGAGAUGACAAAAGUGCAGAGCAGCCGAAAUUGCAAGAGUCUUCUAAACUAAAUGACUUGAAAGCAGUGAAUGAAGUUUCUUCCGAAAAGAAAAAGAGGAAACUUGGAGCAUUGGAGGGUGAACUCACUAAGAAAAGCAGGAAUGACACAUCAGUUGACAUGGGAAAUGGGGAAGUAAUUCAGGGUGACAAGGUCACGGGGGAGGGCAACUUGAAAAAAGAAGGGAAAUCCGAACCUAACGGUACAAGUGCUGUCAAAAGUAAAAUCAAAUGGAAAAAGUUUAUCAAAUCAGCCUUGAAAUCCCAUCCUGAUGGAACUUUGAAGAUGAAGAAACUGAGAAAAGCUGUCUUCAAAGCACUCCAGGAGUCUGGGAUUGUAGUCAAUGAAACUGAAUUGAGUGAGACACUUGAGCAGAAGAUCAAUUCCAGCUCCAGAUUUGCAAUUGAGAACAAGUAUGUGCGAUUGGUGGCCAAAGAUUGAACACUGUUGUUAGAGUCAUCAUGACUGAGUCCAUUGAAUUUUUUGUAUUUCUCUUACUAUUUGGUAAACAUUCAUCCCUAUAAAAUAUCUCCUUAUAGAAAAAAAAUUGUGAACAAAUACAUUUGUUGCUUUAUGCAAAAGUUCAAUUACUAUCUUGUCAAGGCAGAUCCGUUUGGUCCUGAAUGACAAGAAAGAGUUAUAAAAAUUUGCAAAACACAGAUGUUAAGUGAUCAUAGAUGCUUAGAUGAGUUGGUCAUUCGAGGGGUACUUUUCAAUUGUAUGACACAAGUUUCAGUUAAAUGAAUUAUUACAUUUGAUGCA